AUGGAGUCUGAACUACGCACAAAUAUUGUGACCGUUUAUCCGGAUAUUCAAUACCAGGAUGUCAGCACAGGUCCGCUCCAGUCUGUGCUCCUUACUAUAUGCUUUUCAGGGAGACUCCCAAGGCAGGUUAUUGAAAGAAAUAUUGUGAGCUCUCGCCAUCGCGGUCUCUUUUCAGAGGAGUAUGGGAUCUUUGCCUCGCCAGUUGUGGAGGCCGCGUCGAUGGAUCUCUGUUCCAGUACUGGAGAUUCAAUGCACUCAGACUGCGCCUCGGCCUGCAGCCACGGUCACGAUGAGUCUCCUGCGCUCCCGGAUGACAUUCUUAUCCCAUUCCUGCCCCUUCAACACUUCGAUUACUCUGACCAGGCUAAAUGGGCCUUGCUUAUGAAGGAUAUUGAAGGGUGGCUUGUUUCUCAGGUGAAUUGCCAGACGCAGCUGUGGACAUGGGGACGCGAUGCGUUUUGGCUUGCUUUCAUCGCGGCAUAUCCAUCAUUCCCAAGGGGCUUGUGGCCGAAGUGGGAUUGCCGAAUUCCUUUGGAGGGUACAUUCAUCGAGCAAUGGUUAGAACGGUCAGGUGAUGUCCCUUUGAUGGAGGAUCAAGAUGUUAUGAAUGUAUUGGCCGACAUCUGGGCCGAGUUUGGCAAACAUGCCGCCCUCUUCUUUCCCGAUCCCCUCGUUGCCUCUGAUUAA